UGCCAUGGAGAGGGAAGACCGCCAACGAAGCUCUAGUGAAUCGAUUUUUUUUUCCCAUGAUUUCCCUCGAAAGUCCACUCCACCUCCUUUGCUGAUAUAUACGGACAGUUUUUACUGUCGAGAAGAAAUCCGAAAAUAAUUUACUCCGCUGAAAGAAAUCAGGUUGAUUACAUUCAGUCUUUUAGAAUUUAUAUUCCCGGAAUCACCAGAAUAUUCGAUGUGAGAUUUUUUCUUUUUAUUAGCAAGUUUUGCAUAAUAAGCUUUGGGUAUUUUUAAUAUAGAUUUUAUCUUGCUAAUAACAUCACGAAGUCGAAGCUGAUUCCGUAAAUAAUAUAAUUUUUUUCAAAUAUUUCGCUGACGUAGAUGUAACAUCAGGAAAAUUAAGAGGGCCAACUGCUCGCGGUGAUAUUUUUCAGCAUUAUCGCAGAGAUGGGUGUAUCUUAUGGGUGUAAUCUUAUUUCGAUUUCGUUUAACAAAAAAAAAAAUUCACCCAAUUCGACUGCCAUAAUGAUUAUUAGAAUCUCUUUACCUUUGUCAAUAUAUCUAUGCUAUUAGUAAACUGCAUCAUCGACCGCGAACAACCGAUCAUGCGCCUGGUAAUAGGCAAACCAAGGAGUGCAUUCUUACAGCAGCAGGUUGCAGCAGCAGGUUGUUGCGGUCGCUAUACAGUGCACAUCCGGGCAAACGAUCAACCGACCAAUUUGAAUCAAUUGUUCGGUUCGGCGUCAGUGUUCGGUGGAUCGUCGAAUGGUACCAAGUGGCUGGUAAUGAUUCUGGUGAACGAUCGUUUGAAAGGCAGAAAUCAAUCUCUAUGUCUACAGCAAUUCAUUGUUAUCAGUGCAGUUCCAGUCAGGACCCAAAAGGACAAGAUAACUGUGGGGCAUAUGAAACAUUUGAUACUGAGCGUAACUCACCAGUAGAAUGUAGCAGUGGAGAAUCUCACAUGCCUGGCUCGUUUUGUGUUAAGGUAACAAAACAGGGACCCAUCGGCUUUGUUUGGGAUGGAAGAUGGCGUCAGGUGACCCGUCGCUGCGCAUCUAUAUCAAAUUCCGGUGUUACCGGUGUUUGUAAUUGGGGUGUUGAUUACAAUGGUGUUUAUUGGGAAGAAUGCUAUUGCUCCAGCGAUGCAUGUAACAGUGCUUCAGAUCUCAGAGCCUUCUCCAUUUUGGUUUACAGUAUGAUUUUUUUUACAAUAUCAUUCUUAUCCAAGUGGACUAGGUCUGAUUGAUCAAAUAGCACACACCAACCAUUCCAUACAUUUAGAUUGUCACUUGAUGAUCAAUGAUCAAAAUGAUCAUAAUGAUCUGUGAUUCAUAAAUUUAGUGAGUUUUUCAUUUUAUACCACAAUCAUUGACAUAUUGCCUACUACAGUUAGGUAAUGAAUCCGUCCUUAUAUUUAUAAGAUACUCAAUAAGCAGCUAUAUUUAUAAUCACGCAAUACAUUAAUUAUAGGCCAACACUUUUAUACUGUUUACAACACUGAUUAUGGCAUAUUAUGUUACACGUUACAUAAUAUCAAUGUGUCAUAACUAGAAAAAAACAAUGAAGAUAAUGUACUCCUUCCAUGAAUAAUACGUACUUGAA